GGGCGCAGAGCAGCGUCACGGAGCGCACGAGUUUACCCGAGGAGAAAACACCUGUUACUGACGGAGCAAGUGGAGGGAGAGAAGCGUGUCGCUUUCUGUAGUGUUAUACACCUGACUGCACUUAGUCCACUGGCCCGCACAUCCCACUGUCUGGUGGGACCAUGUGGGUUCUGGAUAAGAUCCGUGGUUCGGUGGAGACUGGCGUUCUGCGACAGGGAGAGAACGGAGACAAAAAAGGCGUUGCUCCAGCCUACAGCAACGUCCUCACCCCUGACAAGAUCCCAGACUUUUUCAUUCCUCCAAAGCUGGUCAGUUGCCCCCCAGAGCCUGAGAUUCCUAAUGUGAAGCCCAAAGAGGGGCUGCAGCCAUCCACGUCAGAGCAAACUAUCGGCAGUGGGAAGAAGAUCAGCAGCCCAAGAAGUCCACGUCUGGUGGCCAAGAUUGCAGGGGACACUAAGAACUUGUUGAGAGCAGCAAACCGGCACAUCAUACAGAUAGAGAGUGCUGAUGAUGUUGUGGCUGGAGACACAAAUGCAGACCCCCAGUCGCAGACAGCUAUGUCCCUGCCUUACGUUCCCAAGACUCAGACAUCUUAUGGUUUUGCAACGUUGAAGGAAAGCCCCCACACUCGCCGAAAAGAGUCGCUGUUCCACUGCGAACUUACCAGUCCCAUCACCUCCCCAAACACCCAGAGGAAGAUCCCGGGGAAAAGCGAAGCAGGAAACCACCUGAAUCCAGCUGACUUCAGCGCCUCUCACAUGAAUCCUUAUCGAUACUUCAGCGGUGGUGAAAGUGACACCUGCUCCUCGGCUGAGUCCUCUCCCUUCAGCUCUCCCCUGCUCUCCCGCUCAGCAUCUCUGCUCAAGAUCUUCACCCACGAGACGCAGGCAAAAGUCGUGAAAGCCAAGCGGACGUUCGCUCGCCACAGCUCCCUCUCCACCGAUGAGUGCAGCUCGGCCGAGCCCAGCCCCAACAUCCAGAGACGCCUCCACGUCCCCUCCCUCCACGGAGCUGGAGCGUCCGACCACGGCCUCCAUCGAGAGCACACCAUCAACCUGCACAAAGGCGGUACGGUGAGGAUCAGCGCCAACUACGACUCAAGCACCUCCCGCCUGCUGAUCCGCGUCCUGGCAGCAGAGAGUCUUUACGACAAGCACUUUGACAUCAAGAGCAUCAACUGCUGUGUGUCCGUCUACCUGAACCCGGGCAAGCUGCAGAAGCAAAGGAGCAACAUCAUCAAGAACAGCCGCAAUCCAGUCUUCAACGAGGACUUCUUCUUUGACUCAAUAAGCUCGGUUCAGGUGAAGAACCUGUCGGUGAAGUUCAAGGUGGUGAACAAAGGCACCAGCCUCAAGAGGGACACGCUGCUGGGAGAGCGAGAGGUGCAGCUGACAAAGCUGCUCUCAGGCCUUUAAAGCCGCACGACCUGGAGGUCAAAGGGGGCAAAAACCAAGGAUGCUGAUUGAAGAUUAAAUUAGAUGUUUGCACUGGUUUCUAUACAACCUGCUCUUUUUAUUUGGAUAGAUUAAACCACUGAACAUAAAUAUAAAGGGAGAGGGAAAAUUAAGGGUUUCUAGCAAGAAACAGAUUCCUAGAAAGAAGAGAUGUUUUAUUCUGAAAUCUGAAAAAACACCAAGCUGAAGUAAAUGAGUGUCUGGAUUUAUGGUGGUUGAGGUUUACCUCUUUCCUUCUCCCAAUAAUGAAUGCUCAUUAAACCAAGCUGGACUCGACAGCAACAGAUGAAUUUCACAGAUGAAAGUUGUUUGUUCCGGACAUGUCUCUCGGCCAACUUCCUCAGCCUGGUCUGGUUUAAAGGUUGGACGACAGUUGUGCAUCAGCCUGUCUCGGUGUCCUUGCUUGCACUGUUUACAUCAUGUGCGGCAUGGUUUUGUAAUGUGACAUGAAUUCACAGCAGCACUGGACGGGAUUCUACAUGAGCUACACCCUGCGUCCAGCACAAAGAUGCCUUUGUGAAUCAGCACAAGCUUUGAAGUGGCACUACAUCCUGAUGUGCAAAUGACCCUUUGAUCCCAGUUGCCAUGGCCCACCUUUUACAGGGGAGGGGGUGAGGACAAACAGAGCAGUCACGAUAAUCACAUUUACAUACACAUCAAAAAUAUAAUUAUAAUGUGAUUGAUAAUUGCAAGUAUGACUUAAGCCUACGAUUGCCAUAAUCUGAUACUGUUGUACUUAUGCUCUUAUUGAAAGAGAGUGAGGUCAAUUCACAUACAUGCACUGCAAAAAGGUUUUGUUUCUAGAUUAAAGUUGCCCUGUUGAGUUUUCUCAUAAACAAACAAAAGUUAUGUUUUCACCAAAACACACUGUGUGUAUCCGUGAGGUCUCACAAAUGUGUUGAAAUCAUUCGCUUCCUCAUGACAAAACAAAAACAUUUGCUCCGUAGCACUACUAGUGGUCAAAAACUCCACAGGGUACCUUUAAACUGUGUUUUUGUUAAAAAGUCUUUUAGAAAAUCUGUGUAUGCAGAAGGAAUAUUUGAGCCUGUUUUCAAAACAAAUCCACUUAUUUUAGGCAGUAAAAGAAAAAUCAAGUUUAAUUUUUCUGAUUCUAGUGUGACACUUAAAUACUCAUUUCUUUUUUAAGUAUAUUUUUGGGCUUUUUUAUGCCUUUAAUGGACAGUGACAGGAAACAGGGAGGCAGAGAGAGGGGGAAUGACAUGCAGCGAAAGGCCGUCCGAUGCGGGAUUUGAACCGGGGCCAACUGCAGCGAGGACUGUAGCCUCUACACAUGGGGCACCUGCUUAAACCACUACGCUACAUGACGCCCCUUAAAUACUCAUAUCUAGAUCAGUCUUGGAAACAGGUUAAAUAGUCCUGCUGCACCUGCACAUUUCUUUGCUUACAUAAAGAGAUAGAAAUAAUUUAUUAAGGUAAGAUUUUAUGCAGUGCGGGGUACAUGGAUUUUAAUGUCUUUGACAGCCACUAGUUAUGUCUUUAACUGCAUGAAACCCAGCUGAGUUAAUAAAUGUAGAGGAAGGAGGAGAACAUUUUUGCAGAGUAUAUGAAAAAGUUCCUUCAUAUAUUUUACACGUAUAUUUAUUUGGUUGAUGAAAUCUAUUCAGCCAUAUGUGGACUUUACAGCUGCAGCCUGUCACACAUGCCUCAUUCAGUGUCUGCACUUUGAUUAAAUCUUGUGCAACUAGGCAACAGGUUCUCACCAAAUAGGUGUGCCAACAUUUUCACUCUGAAUUCAGGCCAGUUGACAUCACCCCAGUGUUGCUCAACACCAAGAAUACAGGAUCAGAAGGGAAUUCAAUUUUGCAGUCGGCCACGCAGCCACAUGAAAGAUCAUUGGGACAUUUAAAAUUUCUUUCCACUCUGGUUCGCUGACGUCCCUCAGGAUGACUUGCUCCCUCAAUUCUUAAAAGAUAACUUGAAAAUAUCCAGUCACUAUGCUUCAGUUGAACAUGUCAAAUUCUCUCCAACAUUUCAUUUUGCUGUGUCAUUUUUAAUGGAAGUAAGUCUGUGGCCGUGAUAAAGAGCUUUCACAGCUUUCACAGCUUUUUGGUUAAUCCUGAUGGACGAACAAGUAACAAGGUUAUUAAAAGUGACACUUUCUACUUGUGUCAUAAAAUUAAAUACAUCAGUCAUGUAAACAGAAUUUAACACUCAGUUUAUGCAAACAGGCUGUUGCCUUGGUCACAGUAUUGACAGUGGACAAAUACCGUACUUGUGCGCAUGUAAAUGUAUUAAAUGUCUCAUAUGAGAAGAAUAGAGCACUGUAGUCAAAGUUCAGAGUACCAGUUGCAUCGCAUGAAUAUGUCAAUAACACACUGGUAUUUGCAUGACAUGCUCAAAGCUUAAUGAAACCCUAAAGCCUUACUAUAUGCAUGUGUGUGUGCGUGUGUGUGUGUGUGUGUGAGUGUGUGAGAGAGAGAGAGAGAGAGAGAGAGUGAUCAAGAACAAGUGUGUGUUUUGACUAGCAUGAUAUUUCGUCCAAACUUGUUCAUUUUCUAUGUAGUAUUUUGUAAAAUGCUUUCAAAUGAUUGAAAUGACUGUAAACGUGUUGGAUUUGUACUCGAUAUAACUACAUAUGUACUAGUUUCUACUAUUGUCAGUGAAGUGCCAAUUAUGCACCAGCGAGUGAUGAGAGGCAUUUUAAUUAUGUCUGUUUCAACUCUAAUGAAGCCCAGAGGACCAAGCAGAGAUGUCAAGGAAGAAAUACGAAAAACAAGGCAACAAAGAAAAUCAAUAUUAUGCGCUUUGACAUGAACAGCAGUCUUCUCCUCUCUCAAUGUUCUCUGCUGUCCUUUUGAGGAAUUAGAAGAAAUUGCAUAUGAUUGCAGCCUCGAGUGCUCGGCAGAGGAGAGUGACUACAGAGAGGAAAGAAGUCAGGGACAUCUGAGUGAUGCAAAUUACUGAGGUUUUCUUACACACUGCCCCGAAGCUUCAGUUUAAUUCUGGGAGGAUUUUUCUCACCUGGUGUUUGUAGCUCACCUGUAGCACUGCUGUUGAUAUGCUCUACAAUUAGACUUUAUAUACAGUGGCACUGCUUGUUGGCUUUGUGUGAAAGUCGGUGAUCUGUUGUAAUCCCUGCUGCAUACUUGUGUGCAAUCAUACAGUGCCUGCUCAUAGAGUUAUUGUAUUUUCUACUCAGACUUCCUGAAUUGUACUCAGUCCUGUUGUUAUCAAGCCUUCUCUGAGGUUUCUUCUAGCAUGACUUCAGUAGUGUCAGUGGAUUCUUAUCGUGCAGUGGUGGGUCGCCUUGUGCUCAGAUUCUAGAUGAAGAUUUGCUGCUGACACAAAUGUUUAUAAUAAUACACCUUAAAUAGGGGUGACGUGUUUUGCAAAUUGUCUGAUGGAGUCCUAUUUUUAUAGCUAAUUGCAGUGACUGUUUUCAUGUAGCUUAUCAUUUAAUAGAACUGAAAUGCAGGGUGGAGAACAAUAAACAGUUAUCUGAACACCUCUGCCUGGACGGGCUGUGCUGUCACAUCUGAGCAGAACAACCUAAAACAUGAAGAAAUAUCGUAGAUGAAAGAAAUGGUCAAAAUAAAAUGCCCCUCUGUUUUUUUUUUUUGUUUUUGUUUUUUACUCUUAACUACUCUUAACUUUCUUUGCCACAUACUUCCUGUGUUUUUAAAACUCACAAAAAUAUCUGAUAAGAGACCAUCAUGUUCCUGGUUUUAUAAAACGGUAGAAAUUUGAGACAAAAAUGUAGCCUCUACAUUUCAGAGAAAUAAAGCAGCACAACGUUGCAUUACUUUACUGGGGGUUUAUUGAAUUUAAUGAUUUGUGCAUUUUUCAUUGCUCUCGUGGUGACUUUGAGCUGAGCUGACGGCUCAUUUCUGACAGAAAUAUUCCAGACAAUGUUUAGAUGUGAUAAGAUCUAAUUAACCCACCUGAAAAAAAGACAAUUUUUUUUCCUCAUGCUGAUUGUUUUUUACAAUGUGAAAACACAUAACAUCCUAAUAUAAACAGUUUAUGAGGUACAGUAAAAUAAAUUAGAGAGAUGUAUGAUAAAUGGAGAGAUAAGUUUGAACAACCAUAUAGGUCCUAAUGUUACCUAACCUCUACCUUUUGUCCUGUAAUAUGGGGGGUGGGGGUAGGUACACCUACAUGUACCUGUAAAGCUGACUAAUUACCACGUUGCAUUGUGUUUGUUUAAUCUGUACGCAAACUAAAGUGAAAAAUACACAGUAAGUUGUGGUUUUGUAUGGUGUAACUAUUGGCGACAAGCGCAGGGUCUAAACGUAUUUUCAAAAAGGCAAAUUAUUCUCCUAAAGGUUUUCUGACAUCGCAACUGAAAUGUUAGACAAGUGGAAACAUUGUCUUGUUGGUGGUGCGAGAUAAAAUGUCCAGCAGAGUCAUCAGGAUUCAUCCUCUGAGGAUCAUGAAUAUACGGACCAAACAUGACAAAAGCUCAUUCAAUAAUUGUCAUAAUCAAGAUAUUUCACUCUGGAACGAAGUGUUGAAUCCCCUGAGUAAUGCCUCUUAUCACUGGUCAUUUUGAUUGCUAACCUUUAUUUGAUCCGCAGAGGAAUUAUCAGAAUGAACCUUCCCAUUAUCCAGCCGGUUGUUGUGGUGAAAAAUCAGUCCUUAUAACCAUGCACUCAAUAGCUGUUUAAUUGGGUACAGGGUGGAGAGGCUUGAAUGAUGACAUUUAAAAUGAGUAUUGAAGAAAGCAUCAGUGUGUGUGUGUGUGUGUGUGUGUGUGUGUGUGUGUGUGUGUGUGUGUGUGAGAGCGCUGGUCAGUUGGUCAGUAUUGUAUUGUUUUUUAAAUAUACUGUAUAUAUGCAGAGGUGUCUCUCAAGUCUUCCUGUCUUGACAGCUUCUCUCUGAAAAACAAAACUGAAAAGUGCCGGUCCCUUACUUGACGAUGAAAUCUUUCAUUUCUCUCUAGACUUAGUUAAACAAUGGAGGUGGAUUUCUAUGUGCUGUUGCUGUUCUUGUGUUUCUGGCCUGUGCAGGUAGAUACUUUUAUACUGUCGUGCUACAACCACUGACAGUGGUUACUUGUGGUUACUUAUUGUGUAAUAUAUAAUGGGUGUGAAAUACUUUAAUUAAAGGAGAACUUCCACAGCA